CCACGAUGAAUGGGCCGCUAGACAACAAGACCAGCGCGAUCCUCGGGAUCCCGCCGCCGUUCCCGUUCUGCGAAGCAUGGCCAACCAUACCGGCGCAGUCGACUACAUGGCUCACACCAGCCUUCCGCGUCCAUUCGAUGCACAUGCCGCCUGCCGCGCCCCGGCUCUACGACCCGAUGCUUGACGCGCGCCACAGGCAUCGUCCACCGCAGCAGCGUCAUGCUCCCUCGCGCCUGCAGCACCAUCGUACUCCACCAUCGCACCAGUAUACAGCUACGCCCUCUGCCAACUACUACAGCCAACCGCUCGAGCCAGCAAUGCUUGCCCAAAGCGAGCAGGGUGACGACUCGGACAGCGAGUAUGAAUACGGGUUUGUACUCAACGACGAGUGGGCCGAGCACUUUGCCCGCAAGCAGGCCGUGCGUCGUGCAACCACCAAAGGGGCCAAGUCCAACCGGAGUAAGAAGGACCGACGCGCUUCGCGAGUCAUGACGCCAGAGCCAAGUCCUCUCCUCUACGAACUUAGCGUCGGUGCACUCGGGCAACGAACGUGGCAACCCGAACACGAGAGCGCUCGCGUUCUUGCAUUGGAGCGCCAGAUGGAGCACGCGUUUACCAUAGCCUUUAGCAACCCGCUUGAUGUGUGCUUGUACAACUCGUAGUACGCAGAUUCAUCAAAUAUCAGAGUCUUUUGAAUGAGCAUAGCAU